ACCGCCGGCCCCCGGGGAGCCGCGGCGGGGGCGGAUGGAGACAGCGGGCACGGCGGCGGGCUGGGUUAUUUUCUUCCAUCUUCCUCUCAUCUCUGGAAGCUCCAUCAAUACUGGGAUAGGCAGCAAUUAUUCCAAUCUCCCGAUUGCCUCGAACCAGAGCAGCUCAUCCAGCGCCUUCCCCGGCCCCAGAGAGCCCGGCGGUGAGAGCAGCCUGCUGGUGUCCCCGCUGCUGGUGGCAGGGGUGGUCAUCGGCCUGGUGCUCUUCCUGUCCUGUGCCACCAUCGUGGUGGGCAGCCUGCGCAAGGACAGCAGGUUCGGGCCCCCGGCCCGGGGCAGGGAGGCUGCGGACGCUCCAGAUGGUUUCUCUCCCCGCGGCUCCUCUGCAGAGCUGAGAUCCACCUGCACCGAGGAGUUCCCCCCAGCCUGUGAUUUUGACUCCUAUCUGGAUAUCCUUUCUCAGGUGAACAUCAUGUAUCCUGAUCCACCUCCAUGCUACGACGAAUGUGUGGGGCCAGGAGCAACACAAAUAUAUAUUCCCACAGAUGAUCCCCCCCCAUAUUCCCUUAUGGACCCUUGCCAAAGAAAUGAAAUACCUUUAAAUAUCUGUAUCAGCCAGGAAGAGGAAGCAGCAUCUGGGACUGCAGGACAAGCUGCCCAUUCUGCAGUGAGGCUGCAGGACUUGCAGCAGCCCAGCUCGGCCAUCUCGGUGAUCUCCCAGUGCUGCUCCCCCGUACAGUUCAGUGGCGUGUGAGCACAGCCCACUCCAGCAGAAACAUGGAACAUUCUCCCUCUGGCCAUCGAUCCCAAAUUGCGUCAACAAAAGUGACUCUUUCCUUCAAUUCUCCUCAAGAACUCAGGCCAAUGGAAGAAUAAAACCUCU